AGUACGCGACCGAGCGCGAUUCAGGUCUCGUCUACGUCAGUCCGUGAUGCACGGAAUAACACGCAACUUUUUGGGGAGCGUCCAUAAAUUGCUGAUAAUAGACUGUCGAUAAACGUAUUGGGUGUUUGUUUCGUUACUCAACGCCUGUCCUACAUUUCUGUCACUCAUUUUUCUUCGCCUAGUUGUUCAUCUCUCUUUUUCUUCUGAACUUUCAGUGUGAAUUUGGGUUUCAAGAAUGCCAGGUAAUUAUUCAGCUCGGUGUGAACCGGGACUAGUACUACCAGUGUGGACACCGGUGGAUAACUUAGAGCUAAUUGACAUCGUCCUGAGGGGCUCGGUGUAUUUCUUUCUACUUAUGUACUUGUUCAUUGGAGUUUCGAUAGUAAGCGAUCGGUUUAUGGCAGCUAUCGAAGUGAUUACUUCGAAAGAAAAGGAGUUGGUAGUUCGCAGACAUGGCAGAGAACCACAGAUAGUUGUAGUGCGAGUGUGGAACGAGACCGUGGCUAACUUGACGUUAAUGGCAUUGGGAAGUAGCGCACCAGAAAUCUUACUGUCGAUUAUUGAAAUAUGGGCGAAGAAUUUCGAAGCGGGAGAACUUGGGCCUGGGACAAUAGUGGGAUCCGCAGCCUAUAAUCUUUUCGUCAUUAUAUCUCUCUGCGUCUUUGUCAUCCCGGAAGGUGAGACGCGGAAAAUAAAGCACUUGAGAGUUUUCUUCGUCACCGCAACUUGGAGCAUAUUUGCGUACGUUUGGCUCUACAUCAUCCUUGCAGUGUCAAGCCCCGGCGUUCUCGAGGUUUGGGAGGGAAUCCUGACGUUCUCCUUCUUUCCAGCUACUGUCCUAACGGCUUACGUUGCCGAUCAGCGACUUCUAAUUUACAAAUACCUGCACAAAGGUUACCGCAUGAACAAGCGAGGUGUAAUCGUCCAGGGCGAAGCAGCUGAUUCAGGCAGGGGCACGGAACUCGAGAUAAAAACAGGCAAUAAUGGUAUCCGCUGUGAACAUAUCGACAGUGAUUCACCGGAAGCUCGGGAGUUCGAACAAAUGCGUCGUGACUAUAUACAAACUUUGCGAGAACUCCGCAAGCAGCAUCCUACUUUGUCGUUGGAACAGCUAGAGGUAAUGGCCCACGAAGAGGUGCUCGGAAAAGGGCCAAAAAGCCGCGCUUUCUAUCGGGUUCAGGCGACUCGGAAGAUGGUUGGAGCUGGAAAUCUUAGCAGAAAAAUAAGCGAACGUGCUCAGAGUGAUCUUAGUGAGGUCAAGGCGGAAUUGCAGCGUGCAGAGGCCGAGAGCAUUGACAUUGACGCAGUGAAUGCUAUGCGUGUCUUUUUCGAUCCCUGCCACUAUACGGUCAUGGAAAACGUUGGAACAUUUGAGGUUGGUGUGACAAGGGCUGGUGGCGAUCUACGCCAGGAAUGUGCCGUUGAUUACUGUACCGAAGACGGUUCGGCUGAGGCUGGUUCCGAUUACGUAAGUACCAGCGGGACGCUAAUUUUCGCACCCGGUGAGACCAGGAAGACCAUUCAACUUUCGGUCAUCGACGACGAGCUGUUCGAAGAAGACGAGCAUUUUUAUGUCAGACUUAAUAACUGCACUCAACCUGCAACGCUUUCGUCGCCGAGUUUGGCGACAGUAAUGAUCCUCGAUGAUGACCAUAGCGGUAUCUUCGGAUUCCCGGAACGUGACGUAGAAGUAGUGGAAAGCGUUGGUCAAUAUUCACUCAGGGUAGUUCGCUAUAGUGGGGCUCGGGGUCGCGUUAUAAUACCAUAUCACACUGAAGAAGGUACAGCGAAACCGGGGAAGCAGUACGUUGACCUGUCGGGGACUGUGACCUUUGAGGACAACCAAACAGAGAAGUUCAUAACAUUGACAAUAAUUGAGGAGGACUCCUAUGAAAAAGAUGCCCUAUUCUACGUUGAACUUGGGGAACCGCAGCUUCAAGGAGAUAUCGCUGGUGGAUACCUUUGCUUUGUUACAAGCAUAUUUGGGAUUGGUGUGGUGACAGCAAUCAUCGGAGAUGUCGCAUCCUACUUUGGCUGUACCCUAGGCAUAAAGGAUUCAGUGACUGCAGUUGUCUUCGUGGCCCUGGGUACCAGCAUUCCAGACACCUUUGCCAGCAAAGUAGCUGCCUGCCAGGAUAAAUACGCGGAUGCAAGUGUAGGCAACGUGACCGGAAGCAAUGCGGUGAACGUCUUCUUGGGUAUAGGUAUCGCUUGGAGCAUCGCGGCAAUCUACCACGCCUGUCACGGUAGAAAAUUUGAAGUUCAGCCCGGCAAUCUGGCUUUCUCCGUGACACUGUUCUGCACCGAGGCUUGCUUUGUUAUCAUCGUGCUUCUAUUGAGGAGAGCUAAAAACAUCGGUGGUGAACUGGGUGGACCUCUGGUACCAAAAUACCUCACGUCUAUCUUCUUGUUUUCCCUGUGGAUUUUCUACCUUGUCAUGUCAACCCUGGAAGCCUACGGCGUCAUCGGUGGCUUCUAAAUUUCUGGGAAACGGUUCCAACAGGGCAAACUGCCCCUCAGCAGGAGUGUCGGUUAUAAGAUUCACGCUUAACGA